UCUGUACUAGAAAAUGGAUGCUGCUGAACAAAAGCAGAAACGAGUUCCUAUGUUGAGGCCUGGCUGUGGAUCAAAAGGGCAGAAAAUUCGACUAUUAACCAAUCACUUCGAUGUCAAGAUUGACAAUACUGAUUACUACUUCUUCCAAUACUCUGUUGCCCUUUACUAUGAAGAUGGAAAACCAGUUGAAGCAAUGAAGGGUGUAGGAAGAAAAGUAAUGGACAAGAUCAAAGAAACAUAUAGCUCUGAGUUGGAUGGCAAGGAAUUCGCUUAUGAUGGUGAGAAGACCUUGUUUACUGUCGGUUCCCUUCCAAGAAAGAAGUUGGAGUUUACUGUCCUGCUCGACAAGGUCUCAUCUGAAAGGACGGAUGGUAAGAGCAGCCCGGGAGGCAAUGAGAGUGAUAAAAAGAGAAGAAAGCGCGUAUCUCAAAGCAAGACUUUUAAGGUGGAGAUCAGUUAUUCAACAGAAAUCCCAAUUAAGGCAAUAAGUGAUGCUCUCCAUGGUAUAGAAUCUGAGGACUUCCUUGAUGCUGUCCGGGUUCUGGACAUAGUACUGAGGCAACAUGCUGCAAAUAAGGGGUGCCUUUUGGUGAGGCAAUCAUUCUUUCAUGACAAUAAAAGGAACUUUGAUGUCCUUGGAAGGGGUAUUCUUGGUUGCAGGGGAUACCAUUCAAGUUUUCGAGCCACUCAAAGUGGACUGUCUUUGAACAUGGAUGGGACGCUUACAACGAUUGUUAAGCCUGGACCAUUGCUAGAUUUUCUCCUAGACAACCAGGAUAUACAAUAUUCAUACGAGAUUGAUUGGGUGAAGGCUAAGCGCACUCUGAAAAAUCUGAGAGUAAGAGUAGCACCCGCCAAUACUGAGUGGAGAAUCUGUGGAUUGAGUGAAGAUAUUUGCAGAAAACAGAGGUUCACACUGAGGAGGAGAUCAGCUGAAAUAGAUGGAGAGAAUUUUGUGGAAACUGAACCAACAAUUUCAGAAUAUUUUGCUAAAUAUCGAGAUAUAAAUCUAGAGUACUCAGGAGACUUACCUUGUGUUAAUGUGGGUAAACCAAAGAGGCCAAUUUACAUACCAAUCGAGCUGUGUUCGUUGCUUCCGCUACAGAGGUACACUAAAGCAUUAACUGUUCGUCAGCGAUCUUCAUUGGUAGAAAUAUCAAGGCAGAAGCCACAAGAAAAAAUAAGGACCCUCACAGAUGCAUUGAGGAUAAGUAAUUAUGCUGCUGAGCCACUCCUACGUACCUGUGGCAUCACAAUCAACAACGAAUUUAUGCAAGUUGAAGGCCGUGUUUUGGCUGCUCCCGAGCUGGAAUUUGGUGAUGGGGAAGAUUUUCCAAGAAAUGGACGUUGGAUUGUAAAGGACAAGAAAUUUUCAAAUCCCGUUACAAUUAAAGACUGGGUGGUAGUGAACUUCUCUGCACGCUGUAACAUAUUCGACCUUUGCAGAGACCUGGUGAAGUGUGGGGAAAUGAAGGGCAUUGAGAUCCCUAAGUUUCCAUUGUAUACUUUUGAGGAGGAUCCACAGUAUAGGCGAGCACCACCUCCUGUUCGAGUGGACAAAAUGGCUGAUCAAGUGAUGUCACGACUACAUGAUAAACCCCCUACUAUUAUUCUGUGUGUCUUUGCUGAUAGGAAAAAUUCUGAAAUAUAUGGCCCUUGGAAAAAGAAAGCCCUUCUUGAACUUGGAGUUGUUAGUCAAUGCUUGGCACCUCAACGAGCCAAUGAGCAGUACCUCACCAAUCUUCUGCUUAAGAUUAAUGCCAAACUAGGCGGAGUGAAUCAUCGGCUUGCAGUUGAGCGUAACAUUCCUGUGCUCAUUGAUAAGCCUAUAAUCUUCGGAAUGGAUGUCUAUCAUGGCUCUCCUGGCCAGUCUGGAGUUCCAUCUAUUGCUGCUGUUGUGAGUUCUAGGCCCUCAUCAAUAUAUCGGUACAGAGCAUCUGUCCGUUCUCAGUCCCCAAAGGUUGAAAUGAUAGAAUCAUUGUACAAGCCUUUGCCUACAGGAGAAGACGGAGGCAUUAUCAGAGAGCUUCUGGAGGAAUUCUACAAAAGUUCACGCCCCCCAGUUAAGCCAUCACAAGUCAUAGUAUUUAGGGAUGGAGUGAGUGAGUUGCAAUUCAAGCAGGUCCUCAACAUAGAGUUUGAACAGAUUCUUCAGGCAUGCACAGCCCUUGAUGAAAGUUGGUCUCCUAAGUUCACCAUAAUCAUUGCUCAGAAAAAUCAUCAUACCAAGUUUUUCCAACAAGAAAGACCUAAAGACAAUGUACCACCUGGUACUGUGGUUGACAGCAAAGUCUGCGAUCCUCGAUACUAUGAUUUCUACAUGUGUGCGCAGAAUGGGAUGAUUGGCACAAGCAGGCCAACUCACUACCAUGUUCUGCUUGAUCAGAAUGCCUUUACAGCAGAUGAGCUGCAAGAGUUGAUUCACUCUUUAUCCUAUGUGUACCAGAGGAGCACUACUGCUAUAUCUAUUGCUGCACCAAUUCGAUAUGCCCAUCUGGCAGCCUCCCAAGCAUCUCAUUUCCUGAAGUAUGAAGACCUGUCAGAAACAUCAUCGGGUCAUGGAGGUGUGACUUCUGCUGGAAAUCCUCCUGUUCCUGAGCUCCCCAAGCUGCAUAACAGAGUGUGCAGGUCCAUGUUCUUCUGCUAGUCAUACCUGUAAAAAGAAUGAUCUGAAACACUACUAGCCCCUCGGUUUACCCUGAAGUGUGUAGGAUAUUAGGAUAUUUCGAUGACC